UUCGACUGUCGAGAGAAAGAGCGCGUUAGGAAAAGAAUUCAACGUCGUCGUCAUUGUCUUCUUCUUCUUCGUUCGUUCGUAUGUUUUUUUUUUUCAUAUGUCGUAUUUAACAUACGAACGAAACAAGUGAGAUUGUUGUGUGAAGCGAAAAGUAGCGAAGAGUGGAGUGAAAAAAAACACGCAAAAUGUAUGAUAUUUUAUUUCAAUGUAGUUCCGAAAGGGAUUGAAUGAAAGUGCAUUCGUUGCGCGAAUGAGUUUCGUGUAUUCGCGUUUGUGUUUAUGUGGCUUAGAAUAUAAAUUUCAUAGAAGUUGUAUCAAUGUCAGCAUACAACAAAUAUCGGUGAUAAAAUUUAAUAACAGUGUGCACAAUAAUUUGGAUAAACAAAACACAAAAUUGACACUUUUGCAAAGCUUCCAACUUGAACCCGAUCAAACCGAAAAACAAUUGUAUACAUACUAAAGAGCAUUGCAAGAAGGGUACCAGCAAAUACAAUCUUUUCGCAAAGAAAAAAAAAACACAACAACAGAAAUAAACCACACCGUGAACGAAGUUGAAUAAAAAUUUGAUUCUUUUCCUAACAUUUGAUUUUUCGUUGUAAAUAUUGUGUGUCUAUUUUGUGUGAAUCGAAUGUGUUUUCGUUGAUGACAAGAAAAAAAAGCAAACGAAAAAAAUUCUAGUGUCUUGUAAACGAAACGUAAUGUUGUUUGUGGUUAUUUGGAAAAAGGAUUGGCAAAACUAAAACGCAUCUCGAGUUUAAAUAGCUUCCAAAUCGAUUUUCUUCGUUUCCGAAAUCGAACAAAUCAGAUCGAACACAUCCCAAAAGAAACAGUAACAACGUAAAUGAAUCACACAUUUGAACACGUUACAUACAUUGCAAUUUUAAUGGAAUAUCACAGGCGAAUAACGAAAUUCCAGCGAAACGUCAAUUAUCAAUGAAAUUGGCCAAACAAUAAUUGGUCAACAAUAAAUAGCAAAAGAGAAUUGAAAAACCACAAACAACAGCAACCACAUAAAACAAGGUGAAAAUGUGAAAAUAACAUCCAAAUGAAAUUAUCAAUAAAAUACCUAACCAAAGGCAACGUCAAACAAAUAAAAAAAAACUACCAAUAACUCAACGCAGCGAUCACAACACACUUGACAGAUCAUACCAUACAAUGGAUAAAAGCAUGGAUGAAGAAAAAAUGGUGGCUCGAGCCAAUGAAGAGCGUGCAAAGUUGUUUCAACGUUAUGAUCAUGGCCGUGAACCUGGUGCUGAAAUUGAUCCGUGGGAAGAUCCCGGCUUUGAAAUUUACCAUCAAACCGAUCGAUAUGGAUUCAUUCAUGAUGAACGAUUGCCCCAGCGAUCCGAUCCAAAUGAAGCAAAAGCUCGUUCAAUCGAAAUCGAACGGGAGAAAAAAUGGUUGAAGAUGCUUCAACGAUGGGAAAGUAAAAAGACCGCCGAACAAUUGCAUCGUCGCACAUACAAAGGCAUUCCAGAAAAACUUCGAGCGAUGGUGUGGCUAAAACUGUUGAAUAUCGAACAAACGAUGAAAGAAAACAAAGACGUGUACCAAAGAAUGUUGAAGGUGGCACGUCAAUGGAGCACCGAAGCACGUCAAAUCGAUUCAGAUGUGAAUCGACAAUUUCGCGAUCAUUUUAUUUAUCGUGAUCGUUAUGGUAUUAAGCAAAAAUCGUUAUUCAACGUUCUUACCGCGUACAGCAUGUACAACAUGGAGGUCGGUUAUUGCCAGGGGAUGUCCGGUGUGGCCGGCGUAUUAUUAAUGUAUAUGAAUGAAGAGGAAGCAUUUUGGGCAUUGAGUACGCUUUUAUCACAUAAAAAAUAUGCAAUGCAUGGCCUGUACAUCGAAGGUUUUCCGAAAUUAACACGAUUCCUAAAUCACCAUGACAAAAUCAUUUCGAGAUUCAUGCCAAAAUUGAAAAAGCACUUUGAUCAAUACAAUUUAGACUCAAUACUAUAUUCGUUAAAGUGGUUCUUUGUGAUUUUCAUCGAACGAAUACCAUUUAGUUUAUGCUUACGCGUAUGGGAUAUUUAUCUAUUGGACGGUGAACGUGUUGUCACUGCCAUGGCAUAUACAAUAUUGCGAUUGCAUAAAAAUAAAAUUCUAAAAUUAAAAGAUAUGGAUCUUAUUGUACAAUAUCUCCAGACGAAAUUACAUUGUGAUUUCGGUUAUGAUGAUGAUUAUGUGAUCAAAAUGCUGGAACAAUCAAUGGACGAUUUACGAAAGGCAAAAAUGGAUUUACCGCCACCACCCACACCAAAUGAACUACCACAAAAACCAUUUGGCGAAUUCCAGGAGCAAAAUUUUGAAGCUAAGGCUGGUAUUCGUAAGUCAUUGUUUACGAAUUCAGAGAAAGAGGUUUUGCAAACGGUAAUAUUGAAGCGCGAACAAAUGGCACAGGAUGCAACUGAAACACAAUUGACAAUGAAUGGUUCAAAUGGUCAUUUAAAUAUCGGUGCCAAUGUUCCAGAAUCAGAAGAUGGUGGAUCGUUAUUGGGAAGUAGUCGAAAAUCAUUGGCCGAUACAUCAGUAACAUCAACGGCUGAUUUGAGUGUGUUUUCGAGCGGACAACGAUCUCAACAGGCAUAUGAUAUAUGUAUUGAUGACAAUCGAAGCCUCAGCGAAGAUGAUGCAGAAAAUCAAAGUAGUUCGGGGUCAGCGUUCUGUUCGUUAAGUGUGAUUGGACGUACAACAAUGGUUACACCAACACCGCGAACCAUAUCGCCGCAAGAUAUUGUACGAAUCUAUGUGCCACCAGCACCUCCCGAUGAGCAACAUCAACAAGAUAGUAUAAAGAAAUCGAACAUGUCGUCGCCAAGCACCAAAGAUUCAAAGCCAAAUAGUAUAUCUGUAUCGGAAGCAAAUAAUAUUCAAAAACAUUCAAAUAACAAUAAUCAUAAGAUGAUAAGUAGCAAUGGUAAUGUGAACCACAUUAAAACACCAUCACCAGGUUCUGGGCAAAUGGCAGCAUGGCAGCCACAGCCACAGUCAAUGCCACCAAAAACGCUUAGUGGUUUGACACAAACAAAUGUGAGCAAUAAAAAUUCAAUUAUUUACGGUUCGGGCGAUUUAACACCAGUGCAUUGUGUACUCAAUCAAUCGGACGAUGAUUUAGCGAAAAGUUUUGCGGAUGCAUCGCUUAGCACAAAUAAUAGCCUUGGUUACAUUGGGAUCGGUGGAAGUGUUGGCGGUACAGCAACGUCGUCAUCAUCACGUCGCGGUAGUCUUAGCCGAAAGUCACCAUCAGCAAUGUUCGAAUCGAAUAUGUUAAUGGAAUGCAGUCAUAUGAUUAAGCGACGCUUAUCAAUUCAAUCCAAUUCAUCGUCCAUAAAUUUUGAAAUAAAAGAUAAACCAGGUGCAUCCAAUGAAAUGGCAUCAUCAUCCAACUUGGGCAAUAGUUCAUUGUCAUUGCGAUUGAAUUCGAAUGGUGAAACAAAAAAGAAAAUGACAUCGUUUGAAGAAUUGGCCGCAACACGAUACAAAUCCGAUAGCAUGUCCGAUGAAAAAUUCAAUCAUGAUGAACACGACAAAUACUCACCGGACGAUGAUGAAAACUAUUCAUAUUCAUAUUAUAAAUAUAAAUCGGCCGAAUCAAGACAACGCAAAAGUCCAAUAACGGUUGAAAGCAGCAAACGAUUUGUAAGCGAAAGUAAUGUUCAAUAUGAAUCAUUAUCGAUGCGUCGAUCAUCAAAAGAGUGUGAAUAUCAAGAAUUGAACAAACGUCGUCCGAACAGCAGUGGCAACGAAACUAGUCUAUUCCAGUACGAAACAUUCACAGUGGCCGGCAGUGGUGGUACAGCAUCAGCUGGAACAGUACAACCGCAACCAGGCAUCUCACACAAAAGCACAUCGAUCAAAGAAUAUAAACGAUUUUAUGGCACCAGCAACGAAUACGAUACAUGUGACGAAGAGCUUAAAAAAUCAUCUGACGAAUCAUCUAGUCCAAAUAGUAAGUCCGUUUUAAAUUCGCCAGACACAAUUCCAUUGUUACAAUCAUCGCCACCGUUGCCACCAGCAACAUCACACAUUCCAAAGCUCAAAUCGCCCGUAUCACCAACGCAUAAUAUUUAUUCAAUUGUUGCAUCGCAACCCGAAUCACCGGUUAUGAUGAAACCAUCACGCAUACCAAUUAUGCAUAGUCCACAGGAACGAAAAACUAGCACCAAAUCAACAUCGCCAACCAUUCAUAUAUCACCAAAUUUAAAUGAAUUAAAUCGGGUUUUGCCACCGAUUGAAGUAGUCAGCAGCAGUAGUAGCAGCAACAACAGUUUGAGCAGCCGAAAAUUACAAAAAACACCAACAUCACCGAAUGGUCAACCGAUUAGUUUUGUUCCAACUGCAUAUCGACCCACAAAACUACAUACGAAAAAUGGUAGCACACCGCUCAACGAUUCAAAUACGAUUCGUAUUAAAGUCAAUCAGAAUGAUAAACAGUAAACGCAUCAAGUCAAUUGCAUUACGGAUUAUUCAUUUUCUCUCAUAUUAUUCAAGAGGAUGAUUUUGUGAUUGCGUGUGCACAACAUUUGGCCAAAAGCUGUUCAUUUUUUAAUUAAAUUAAAUCAUUUUUGACGAUACACACAAACACACAUAUGCAUACAUACGCUCACAAUUGCAGAACGGAAUUUGGAAACAUAAACCAAGAGAAAUUAACAUUAAUUUGAUUUUGGAAUAUGGUAAAAUAUGCCAUCAUCUGAAUGCAAAAUCACGAAUUGUUAGCAUCGAAUGAAAUUAUUAGUUU